GUGGAUGACGGGUGGUGCGUCACUGAAUCACAGUUGUGCUCGCGCGCUAGUGGAGUUUACUGUUCCGUGUGCAGCGUUCAACGAAUACCGGCGAACUUUACGACUGGAAUUACUUUCACUUAACGGGGAAAGUGUUUAAACUGUCUUGUGCUAACACGCCCAUUGCUGCUACGGCAGUCACCAUGCCGCUUAACGUGGCGAGCAGGAACUACGACUACGACUACGACUCGUACCAGCCCUAUUUCUACCUCGACAACGACGAUGAGGACUUCUACACGCAUCAGCAUGGUCAGCCGCCAGCGCCCAGCGAGGACAUCUGGAAGAAGUUCGAGCUGCUGCCCACGCCUCCUCUCUCCCCCAGCCGGCGAUCGUCGUUCUCCAGCUCGUUUCCGUCCACCGCCGAUCAGCUGGAGAUGGUCACGGAGUUUCUCGGGGACGACGCCAUCAACCAGAGUUUCAUCUGCGACUCGGACUCGUCGCAGUCUUUGCUCAAAUCCAUCAUCAUCCAGGACUGCAUGUGGAGCGGCUUCUCGGCCGCGGCUAAACUCGAGAGGGUGGUGUCGGAGCGCCUGGCCUCGAUCAGAGCCGCCCGCAAAGGAUCGACUGGCAAAAGCGAGUGUGGAGAGGACUCUGGUUCGAAUCCUGGCUAUUUACAGGAGGUUAACGUUAACGCCGCGUCGGAUUGUAUAGAUCCAUCGGUGGUGUUUCCUUACCCGCUUACUGAGUGCGCAAAAUCUAAAGAGACUGAGCAGAGCUCGUUGAUGGACACGCCGCCCAACAGCGGGAGCAGCAGCUGCAGCGACAGUGAGUCCGACGAGGACGAGGACGACGACGAGGAGAUCGACGUGGUGACGGUAGAGAAAAGGAAAUCGGCGAGAAAGUGCGACUCCAGCCCCGUGGUCCUCAAGCGGUCCCACGUAACCAUCCACCAGCACAAUUACGCGGCGCAGCCGUGCACGCGGGCGGAGCAGCCGGCCGUCAAGCGCCUCCGGUUCGAUAACGGCAACGGCACGAGACCGCAAAGACACGUCGGUUCAAAUCGCAAGUGUACAAGCCCCAAAGCAUCCGAUUCGGAGGACAACGAUAAGAGGCGGACUCACAAUGUGCUCGAGCGGCAGCGGCGGAACGAGCUCAAGCUCAGUUUCUUUGCGUUGCGCGACGAGGUCCCGGCGGUGGCCAACAACGAGAAGGCGGCCAAGGUGGUCAUCUUGAAAAAGGCCACGGAGUUUGUCGCCGGCCUGCAGACUGAAGAGAGAAAGCUCUUGAGCACUAAAGAGCAGCUCAGGAGGAAGUGUGAACACUUGAAACGGAGAUUAGAGAUGCUGAGCGGCUCUUGAGUUGCUCUGGACUGGGACUUUUGUUUUAAAGCCCUUAUACUGGGACUUGAGGACUCUCUGAACUCAUUUUGCUGCAUCAUGGCUACAGACUUGAACGCAUAUUACAUUUACACUGCCUCGGUUAUCUAAUUGAGGCUUCAGAUUUAUUUGUAUUUAAUUUUAUAUUUGGUAUACGUGGUCAGCAGUACCAUUCACUGUUGGUCUUAAAGUUUUGGGAUUCGUUUUGUAAAUUUUUGUACAUAUUUGCUCAGAUGUAUUGAGAUUGUAUUGAUUUCUGAAUCAUAAAUGCAUUUCUUUAUAAAUUGUGUUUAACUAA